CUACUUGCCACUAAGAUACAGGAGGGUGCGGGUGGGUGGCGGAGCCAUUAAUAAGUAGUCUGUAGCUCCAUUAGGACUGAUCUGAUCUGAUCUGAUCUGUCUUUGGACACCAGGAGAUGAGAAGAUAUGGAGAUACCCAAGAAGAAUCAGCACCAGCACCGCCACCGCUUCUUCCUGCUCUUCCCCAUCAUCUUCCUCUUUGCUCUCAAUAAUAACCAGAUUGUUUUAUCGUCUAACAACAUUUCUAUCUCCUCGUACUAUGCCCAGUGCUCUCCCUCCACAUGCGGCAGCGCAUCAAUCCUUCAAUUCCCUUUCGGCCUCGACCCAUUGUGCCGUGCUGCAUAUGUAACCACUCACUGCAACAACAACAACACUCUCUUUCUCACCGACGACGAGAACCCCAGAUUCCAAUACAAUUUCCUCCACAACCUCACCCACGAUGUUUACUCCAAUAACUCCGUCAACAUCGUCGACGUCAACCUUCUGGGUUGUGGCCCAAUCCCUGAUUUCUCCGGUCAAACUUCCAAUUCGAUGAAGUGGCUCACUAUAGGGGCUAUCUAUUUGAGUUCCGACCGUGAUCGGAUUGUCACUUAUUUCAAUUGCUCUCAAGAACCUGAUACUGAGAGCUUGAAGCAGCUAACAAAAGCUCCUUGUUUGGAAUGCGGUGAGACUACUAACUUGUGCUAUUAUUAUGACGGCUACUUGGAUCAAGUUUCCAAUUGUAGAGUUUAUAAAGCUAUGGUACCUGUCAAGAUCUUGAACAACGCAACUGCGGUCGCCAAUCCUAGAAGGGAACUUCAGCAAGGAUUUACAAUUGUGUGGGAUAACAACUGCAAUUCAUGCACACAGAAAGACGAUGGGAGGUGUGGCUAUGUUAACCAAGACAGGAGGAGAGGCCACGAGGUUUGUUUCUGUCGUGAUGCGGUUCACACACACAAUUGCUCCGAUGGGCAAUUGAUCAAACUUGAUGAUGAUGGGGCUUACCAGCAUCGGCAGAAGAAUGGGAUUCUGCAAUUGAUCAUUGGUUUAGGUAUUGGGCUGGGAGGUGGAUUGGCUAUUGCAUCUAUACUUUAUGUUUACAUAGACCGAAGGCGUAAGCAGAGGAGAAGACUCUUAAAUGGCCAAGAUGAGCAGGUUCUGAAUCGCUACCUUAAAGGAGAUUACACUACUCCUGCUUCUGUAGAGACCUUUUUGCUCAAUUAUACAUCAGGAAGGCCGACCAGGUUCUCUUUUAAACAGCUCAAGAAAUACACCAACAAUUUCAAUCACAAGCUAGGACAGGGAGGCUUUGGAUCCGUUUUCAAAGGAGAACUUCCCAAUGGUUUCCCCAUUGCCGUUAAACUGAUUGAUGAGACCGAUCACAGUGAGGUUCAAUUCCUCAAUGAGGUCUUGACCAUUGGGAAAAUCCACCACAACUAUCUAGUCCGGCUUCUUGGCUACAGCUUUGAGCAAUCAAAACAGGCCCUUGUGUACGAGUUCAUGAAGAAUGGAUCGCUUGACAAGUACAUCCAUGGUAGAAAUGAGGAUGCCAUGGAAAAGUUAAGUUGGAGUCAACUUGUUGAUAUUGCAAUUGGAACAGCCAAGGGAAUAGCUUACCUUCACGAAGAAUGUCGAAUCAGGAUCUUACAUUGUGACAUUAAGCCUCAUAACAUCCUCUUGGAUGAUAAAUUCCAGCCCAAGGUUGCAGACUUUGGGUUAGCACAAGCUUUGAAUAGGGAGAUGAGUCAUGCCUCACUUGCACAUGGGGCAGGGACUCCAGGAUAUGCUGCACCGGAAACGUGGUGGAAGAGUUGUGGUCCAGUGACUGAUAAGUCUGAUGUUUAUAGCUUUGGGAUGGUAGUACUGGAAAUGGUGGGGAAGAGGAGGAAUUUCAAGGGUGAUGUUAGCAAAUCAAGUGAGAUGUACUUCCCUGAAUGGGUUUAUAAGCACCAUGUAAUGAAUGCUAGUGAUGGUAGCAAUGGUGGCUCAAAAUGGCGUGAGUGUGAGGGGAUUGAAGAAGAGGAAAUGGGAAGAAGAAUGGAGUUAGUAGGUUUAUGGUGCAUUCAGUUCCAUCAAUCUAGGCGACCAUCAAUGAGGAGAGUGAUUGAGAUGCUAGAGGGAAAUUUGGAGAUUCAGAUUCCUCCCUCACCAUUCCAGCCGGGCAUUGGCUUCACAACACCUGCUUGGGGAAGCGGAGGGAUGCCUGUUUUGCCAGAGUUGGGCAGUGGAACUGAAGAAAGUUCAAGUGCUGCUGCCGCUUCUGCUUCUUCUGCUUCUGCUUCUUCUAUUGAUGCAUCUGGGCCUAGAUUGGCCAGGUGAAUAGAAAAAAGUUAUGGUUUCUUCUUCUAGUACUGUUGCAUCUGAGGCUGUAAUUUUGUACAUUUUUACACGAAGAAAGCAGAAUAUGUAACAUGUUCAGGUGCAUUAGUUAUCCCUUCUAAGAAA